AUGAGCCCCAGAAAGGUCAUCGUCUUUGGCGCAACAGGGGCCGUAGGUUCUGCUGCCGCUCGCACCGCUCACUCUCACGGUGCCAAAGUCUUUCUUGCUUUGCGCAACAUCUCGAAACCGGUCCCCGGCUUGAGCGCCACCGAAGAGCAAAAUGCCGGAUAUGAAAGAGUCCAAGCCGACCUCACCCAGCCAGAUACUGUCCACGAUGCGGUAUCCAAGACUGGUGCUACCCAUGCCUUCAUUUACGCGGCCAUGGGGGCCUCGUCCGACCAUCUAUUCUCCACGGCCGAAGCACUCAAAACGGCAGGGAUCGAAAGCAUCGUCAUGCUGAGCAGCAUUGGUGUGCAAGGCGAUCUUCGUGCGAUCCAACCAGAUAACUUCAGCGGAUACGCCCAUGCUCAAGUCGAGCUUUCGCUAGAAAGUGUUUUCGGGUCGCAGGGAUACGUUGCAGUUCGGCCUGCAUUUUUCGCAAACAACUCGCUCUGGUGGCAGAGGCAGAUUGUCGAGGAUGGUGAAGUAAAAUGGGCGUUCCCGGACAGCAAAUUUGACUAUAUCUCGCCGGAAGAUAUUGGUGCAGUCUGCGGGACAAUCCUCGCGGGAGCUUACGAAGGCGGGCACGAAUCUCCAGUCUGUUUGUUUGGACCAGAGAUAGGCCUGUCCGUCGUCGAUGCCAUUGAGGUUAUCGGACGCGUCAUCAACAAACCGGUGAAGUUCACAAAGGUCAGCCCGGAUGAACAAAUCCAAGUGUUGGUUGAAAGGUCCGGGAUGCCUGAGUUUAUCGCCCGGAUCGUGACAGGACAAUUCGCAAGGGACAGUGAGAACAAGGGAGAAGGGGUUGGUGAAAUAACUCCAGAGAUCAGAGGGAAUGUUGAGAGGUAUCUCAAGCGACCAGCGAUGCGCUUUUCCGAAUGGGUGGAGCUAAACAAGGACAAGUUUGGCGCCUGA